AAAUCAUUGACCUCUGCCAAAGAAGUCAUUGGAGCUUUUCUGGGAAAAGAUCUACCUGAGAAAAUGUUCCAAAUCCUCACAAUACUGUUGCUGGAAAUACAGAUCUCCAUGGUUUCAGCUUUAUUUACAGUUGAAGUUCCUCAACAGCUCUACACUGCAGAGUAUGGGAGCAACGUGACCAUGGAAUGCAGAUUCCCUGUGAAUGGCUCAGUGGAUCUAAGACUUCUGACUGUCAUUUGGGAGCAGAAAAGGCAGGGCUUGUUGAAAUCAAAAGAGGUGUGCACCUUCCGCAAUGGGAACGCACUCUGUCCAUCUCAACAUCCUGAUUAUGUAGGAAGAGCAUCACUUCUGCACAGUGAACUGAAGCUGGGACGAGUCAUCCUCCAGAUCACCAAUGUUAAGAUCACAGACGCAGGAUCAUACCUUUGUCUCAUUGACUACCAGGGCGUGGACUACAAAUACAUUGCUUUGGAUGUAAGAGCAUCUUACAAGAGAAUAAAUACUCAAGUAAUGAGAAUACCAGGUGAAGACAAGUUUGUUUUUAUAUGCCAGUCAGAAGGCUUUCCUCUGGCAGAGGUUUUCUGGCAAAAUGAGAACUUCAAUCUCAGCGGAUCUGCAAAUACCACCUAUACACUGACUGCAGAUGGUCUCUACAAUGUCACCAGCAUCCUGACAUUCAAACCAAAUAUGAGUGAGAACUACACAUGUGUCUUCUGGAAUAAAGAACUGAAUGGAGAAACUUCAGGUCACUUUUCCACUUUAGCUUUAAUGAGUACACAGUAUAGUGGACAAAAAUUCCGGAUCUCUUUAAUCAUCCCCAUAUGUGUGACUGUAGCUGUCCUACUCUCUGCACUAAUAAUAUUUCAGAAGAGAAAAUCAUUCAAGAAUGAGCAACCCAAAAAAGACAGGAAAAGAAAACUGAACCCUAAUGCAAAGGAUGAGAACAGUGAUGAUUUUAACUCUCAGACUUAGGCUUUAUACUUGUCAACUGCCACAGCUUCAAGAGACAGUGGGAGUGUAAGUCCGUGAAAAUUCUUCAUCUGCGUGCCAUAAUUUGCACUUUUUCCAUCAGUUUUUGGGGACUUCAAAAGAAAAUUACAGCACUUUAGCCUUAGGAUAAAAAGUGGACACAUGGGGAUGUAUUUACACUGCAGCGAUGGAAAGAUAUGCCUCCUCAGAUACAGUAUCUUCUUGAAGUUACUGAGAACUAUGCUGUCACGAAAUGCGGUUUACCACUGUGGAGAGGUCAGCUGAGAGCAUUUGAUACACUUUACUU